AUGUCUUUCUUCAACUUGAACUUGUCUUUAACGAUUGUGGCUGUUUUAUUAUUAUUGAGCACUGCAAUGGCUCAAUCUCCAACCAAAUCGCAGCCACCAAGGAAAUCAAUCUCUCCGUCACCUGCUGCUGUAACUCAGUCACCAGCAUCUUCACCAGCCUCCGGAAGUUCUCCACCUCAACCAUUUGCUUCUACUCCGGCCAUCUCUCCUUCUUCCAUCCCUGGUCCGCCAUCUGAAGCACCAGGACCUGCAUCCAACGCUGUCGUUUUGAACAGAGUUUCAGUAGCGGCUGGAUCUGCUCUAAUGAUUUUCGUGUCUGUUUUGUUCUUAACUAGGCAAGGAAAGAGCCCCAACUAUACAAAAGGGAUGCCAAACCACUUCCAUUAUCAAUGGAUCACCAUGAGGAUGAAUGAUGACAUUAGACAUAACUCCCUGGAUGUGAUCUUAGAGUUGUUUUUUGGAACUUUAGCCUUAGCAAGAUUUUGGGAGAUGAUUAUAUGA